AAAGCAGUCUAUGGACGAACGAUAUCGUGCUGUAGUGCAACUAGCAAGUAAAGCACCCAAAUAUUGUCUAAGAAAUGCUAAAAGCACCACGAAACGACGAUCCAGGCGCCUUUAAAUGCCCCAAUCGGCCCUUUCACGAAUGAGUAAUUCCUCUUCGUGUUAGAACAUAUCAUAAUCACAAGAUCUACCAUAUACGAGCCGCUGCGGAAGAUCCUCAUGACUCAAGCAAUUGGUUAUAACUAUCGUAAUCAAGACUUUGGGUCUACUAAAAUGCCAGCAGAUAUCACAUACCUGAAGCAUUGUGACGACAGGCUCACAGAAUACAAUAUCAAACUCUGUGCACAGCCCUUGGCAGGCAAGGUACGGAUCGGAAGAGCUGUACAUAGCCAUGCCCGUCAGCACAACCUAAUAUCACCCAAUUUCCUGACCAGGACCUUGAAAGUCGGGUUCACAUCCUUUGGCGAGCAAUAUGGAGCGGCAUGUAGCCUGAUCGAGAUUGACGGGAGCAGUUGCACGGGCUAUAUCGACCUGCAUUGGGCCGUCGGGGAGUCGAAGAAGUUGUCGUCGGCUAGCUCGCGGUUCUAUGUCGUGGAAGAGAAGAAUCCUCCCUUUGAUAUCGUCCUGGGUCCGGACUUCAUGUUGAGUACGGCUGCUCAGGAAGGCUGAGUUGGUGCCCCAGGAAAAACGUAAUCAUCGAUAUCGAAACUCAAAAUUGGCGG